ACGUGAUAGGGAGGAUACAAAAUGGCGACGACCAGUCCAGGUUGGCAAUUCGACAAGUUUGAAGACGGUUCUUUGAAGAUUGUUGGAGAAUUGCAAUUGAAGAAAUAUGGAGAGUUCAUCCAGGAGUAUGGAGGUCAGUUAAAGGAUAUAGAGGAUGCCCUGGGAGAGACUGUCAGUGACUCCUGGGACAUGACCCUAGAUCCAAUAGCUCUGCAGUUCCUUCCCUAUGAGCAAACAACGCUGCUUCAGCUGAUAAAAACUGACAACAAGAUCCUCAACAAGAUCAUCACAGUCCUAGCUGCUCUCUGCUCUGAAAUGGCAACACUGAUACGGGAAGGAGAAACCAAGUUCUACAAUGCUAUCGUGUUUUAUGGGGAGGGAGAGCCGGAGGAGGGCCUCAGUGAAGGGGAGGCCCAGAUACAGAUUGGCAGGAUGAUCACACUCUUCCAGGAGCUUUCCUGUUAUGUUGCCCGUAGCAAUGAAGUUGUGAAGAAUGUGAUACAGCAGAUGUCAUGUCUAUAUAACACUGCAAGGGCCGGCCCUAAGCUGAUUGACGUGUCUGAUGUGCAUUUUCAGACAGUAUUUGAGCACCUUGGUGACCUGCUGGGAGUUCUGAUUACCCUGGACGAGCUCAUACAGUCCCACUCAACACUGCUCGACCACUGGACACUAUACAAAAGGAUGUUGAAGUCAGUGCGUCAUGAUCCAACCAAAUUUGGAACUACAGAGGAGAAGCUGCGGCCAUUUGAGAAACUCAUGAUGACUCUUGAGGGACAACUGCUGGACGGCAUGAUCUACCAGAACUGUGUGGAGCAGCCGUUUGACAGUCAGCAGGUGUUUGUUAGCAAGAAUGUAGUCUUCAUGGACGAGUUUGCCAUAAACAUUCGUGACUACCUCGCAGAUCUAGAGGCUAGAAUAGGUGAAAAUAAUGAGGUAGACCAGCGGUUCCGAUUCGUCGGUGUGUGCGGGCUCUACGUACUUCACUUCCAGCUCUUCAGGCUCACCGACAAGAAAAUCUUCAAGACCCUCUGGGACAUAUACAAGAAGCUUCCUGCUGUGCACCUUCUGGGCAACGCUGUCUGGUUCCCCAACCAAUUCCUGCUGGAGAAACUGCCACAUAUGGCCAAGGCGCUCGACAAGAAGGCACAGGAGAUGGUCCGCACCGCACAGACUUCGUACCUCCAACAGAAGAACAACAUGCUAACAAGAGAAGUCCAGGCUUACCAUGCAACAGUGACGGCCUGGAUGGUGGACAUGGAAAACAGUCUACCAAGGGGGAAAACUCUGAUGGAGGAUCUUACUUCCCGGUCGACACUGUUCAUGCAGGGUCUGUUACACGGUCAGCAGAUCCAGCAUCUGGUCCGUACAGUGAUGAACCUGCACGUGGCUCUACAGAAACCCAUGACCAAGACAGCUGUGCUUGCCCUCUGUAAGAUGGUCGAACUGCUUAAGGCCAUAGAGAUGACAUUUCACAGGAAGACGUUGCUAAUCACAGACUGUGUGCACAAGAUCAUGCAGAGAAUUUCAUUCAUGAUCAUCAAUGCCAUCGGCACUGCAAAGAAACGGAUCAUUUCGGACAAAAAGUACAGUGAGAGGAAGUUAGACGUAUUAUCUGCCCUUGUUCUUGCCGAGACAGCUCUGUCUGGACCUGCCACAAAGGAAAGGAGACUGAUUGCCAAGCUGGCUCUAGCCAUAGGGACAUGCUCUAAAGUGCGUACCUUCAAAGAGGAUGAGCUGGCAAGCCUGUAUGAGAACCUCCGCCGGCUGGACCUCAUAGCUGACCUCAGGGAGAAGGUACAUCGAGCGUGUGACUGCAGUUUUGUGUACUGGCACCGUGUUGUCAUCCCGAUCUACUUGACAGAUAUGUUCGAGACCGUCACUGAUACACACAGGCUGCAUUACAUGGUUGGAGCCCUGCGUGACUGUGUGGAGCCCAUGCUGUAUGCCCGCCACCUGACCUCGUCCCAGGAGCUUGUCCAAUCACUGGACACGGAGAUCUACACACUGAUCAAGGAGUGCCUGUUGGACCCACUAUGCCAUGGUAUCGAGACAGACCUUCGACUCCACAUCCACCUCCAUCUACAGCUGGAUGAUCGCAACCCUUACAAGGUCGGACUCAAGGACCUCUCUCACCUGCUCAAGCUGCGUCCCAUACGACUCUUCGAUAGGUACAUCAAUGUGAAAUCAUAUGUGGAGCACUAUCUGAACAAGACAUUUUACAACCUGACAACAGUGGCCCUGCACGACUGGCGCACAUAUGGGGAGAUGAAGAACAUGGCUGAACAGAAGUAUGGCCUUGCGCUCAUAGACACACACCUUCCCAGUCAGACACUGGAACAGGGCCUGGAUGUGUUAGAGAUCAUGAGGAACAUCCACGUGUUUGUCUCCAAGUACCUCUACAACCUUAACAACCAGAUAUUUGUGGAGAGGUCCAGCAACAACAAGCACUUGAACACCAUUAACAUACGACACAUAGCCAACUCCAUCCGGACCCACGGAACAGGCAUCAUGAACACCACGGUGAACUUUACUUACCAGUUCCUACGGAAGAAGUUUUUCAUUUUCUCCCAGUUCAUGUACGAUGAACACAUCAAGUCUAAGCUUAUAAAGGACUGGAAGUAUUUCAAGGAAAACCAUAUGCAAACUGACCAAAAGUAUCCCUAUGAGCGGGCAGAGAAAUUCAACAAGGGUAUCAGGAAACUUGGGCUCACACCCGACGGGGAGAGUUACCUCGACCAGUUUCGAAUUCUCAUCUCUCAGAUUGGCAAUGCCAUGGGUUACAUCCGUAUGAUCCGGUCAGGAGGCCUUCACUGCUGUAGCAAUGCUAUACGCUUCAUUCCCGACCUGGAAGAUAUUGAGAACUUUGAGAAUCUGUGUAAAGAUGAAGGGCUCUCCAUGGAGUGUCAGGUGGCUGCUAGAAACCUUGACAACGUAAUUGGCAACCUUGCCAAGAAUUUUGCCGAAGGAACAGAGUAUUUCAAGAUGCUGGUAGACGUGUUUGCUCCAGAGUUCAGGAACCCUAAGAACAUGCAUCUCCGCAACUUCUUCGUCAUCCUCCCACCACUGACUGUGAACUUUAUAGAGCACUCUAUCAGCUGCAAGGAGAAGAUGAACAGGAAGAACAAAAUUGGGGCUGCCUUCACUGACGAUGGAUUUUCUAUGGGGCUGGCCUACAUCCUGAAACUACUGGACCAGUACCAUGACUUUGAUUCCCUUCACUGGUUCCAGGCUGUACGGGAAAGGUACCACAAGGAAAAGGUGAAUUUACAGAAGCAGCAGCAGACCUCGUCCAGUCGGUCAGAUGAGAAACUCCUGCAGACAAUGACCCUCUCACAGAAACGUCUGGAUGUCUACUUACAGGAAUUUGAUCUUCUGUUCUACUCACUGAGCAGUGCCAGGAUAUUUUUCCGGGCAGAUUUGACAGCCGCCGAGGAGGAGAAGGCUCAAAAAGAAGUGGAGGCCAAUAAAGAUGGGGCAGCAGCCCAAGGAUCAACCCCUGAAGGCAGUGCAAGUGAGGCUUCUCCGCCACCCCCGGAAGCAGCAGGUGCCCCGGCUCCUCCACCACCACCUGGGGAAGUUCCUCCACCUCCUCCACCACCGCCGCCCCCUCCGCCACCACCUCCUAUGUAAUAGGACGGUCUGUGCAGAGAAAUCGUGCACUAAAAGACACAUAUAUUUUCAAAGACACAUAUAUUUUCAAAAAUGCAUAUUUUUUCAAAGAUGCAUAUAUUUCUACAUUAUUCUGACAUGUUAAGAAUUUGAGAGAUGUUUUUGAUUUCAAUAUCAACUUUAUAAAGAUUGAAUCACACUGAGUAUAACAUACCUGGUGCUGAACUUACAAUAAUGGCAGGACUUCAGUGAUAUGGUUGCAAACAUUUUAUGUAUGUUUUCGUUGCUUGAAGUGGGUCAUGGUUUAAUCCUGGCCAACAUUUCUCACAGUUCUGAAGCAUCACAAGCUUAAGUAGAUUAUUUCAUUCAGCCAAAAUUGUUACUUCAUCUUAAUUUUACUUCAUAGAAAAUUAUUGAAUUAGCGUAACUACCCCUAACCCAUACCCUAAAACUGUCAAAUAUGUAAAUAUUAUACAAAUUGUAUAAAAAAAAAUAGUGGGCUUAACUUAAUCCUAUUAUAAGGGACUUAUGAUGUUCCGAUAAAUAAGGGCAAGGAAACAUGUAAAAGAUGUGUUUUACAUAAGGUGUAGUUAUAUAUUUUAUUUAAAUUAUAUAUCAAAUCUUAUUAUUUGGUCACAAAUGACAUGUGUAUUAUUAAAGGUUCUGAUAAGUGCAAUAAACGUACAAAUGUA